CAUUUCACAAGAUAAAUUCCAGCGUUAGGGUUUGUAGAGGGGACAAAGGAGAGCUCAAGAUGGAGGGGUGGGAUCCGAACACGAAGUCGACGCUCACCCAGAUCCCGCUGCUGGCGACGAAGGCCGGCCCUAGGGACGGCGCGGCGUGGACGCAGAGGCUCAAGGAGGAGUACAGGGCUCUGAUCGCCUACACACAGAUGAACAAGUCCAACGACAACGAUUGGUUCCGGAUCUCCGCAGCCAAUUCCGAAGGGACGCGUUGGACCGGAAAGUGUUGGUACGUUCACAACCUUCUCAAGUACGAGUUUGAUCUCCAGUUCGAUAUUCCUGUCACGUACCCUGCCACUGCUCCCGAGCUUGAGCUGCCACAACUUGACGGGAAGACGCAGAAGAUGUAUAGAGGAGGAAAGAUUUGUCUGACUGUGCAUUUCAAGCCACUUUGGGCAAAAAAUUGUCCUCGUUUUGGUAUUGCACAUGCACUUUGUUUGGGUCUUGCUCCAUGGCUUGCAGCAGAGAUUCCCAUUCUUGUGGAUUCUGGUAUGAUAAAGCACAAAGAUGAUGCGGCGGCUUCAUCCAACGAGUCUUAGUCUUUUUGAGCUUAAACGAGUAACUUUAUUUAAUUCUUAGAAAAUAAAAGUUCCAGGCAUAAUUCUGCAAUUUAGAGGGUGUCCCUUAAGGUGUACUAUUUAUAUUUCACACAGGAUUAGGAGGAUAUCAGUGAAACUUUUUUCGGUCAUAAUUUUGGAAUGCAAAUGGUAUCCUUGUUAUUUGUCAAUAUAAUUGCCUGGACAUGUGUGAUGUUUCUUUGUUGCCUGGAAAACAAUGGCAUGUUUAAAGAGGAGGGGUGUUGAUGUAUCCUUGACCAAGGCGGUAUAUACUCCAGAGCUCUUGGCUUUCUUGGUCAAGUUCCCUAUGUUUUAACUAUUUUCUGGGGUUUAGGACAGGCAUCACAUCCAUGGUAUACCAUUCGGCUUGUCCAACUUCUGGAAGCUCAAUUUUUUAGAAUUGGAAGCAAAAAAUCUGGGAAUAAUCUCCUUAACAUGCU